UCCGAGGGGCCUUGAAGGCAGCGCGGGCUCGCAUGGACACAACAAUGACACUGGCUGAAUGAACGGAGUUUACCUGCAGGAGACUUUGAUUUCUUUGGUCUUCCGUCUUAAUUAUUACCCAAAAAUUUCCUGGGUUCUCGGCAGCAGUGAGUCAUGGCCAACAUCCAGAUCAGGAGGUACCAGGGAGAGGACGCUGAGAGCGUGAAGGAGGUGUUCACCCUGGGGAUGAGCGAGCACGUCCCGUCCUCCUUCGUGCACAUCCUGAAGCAGCCGCUGACCCAGAUGGUGCUCAUGGUCACGUUCUGUGCUCUCAUGACCAGCUCCAAGUCCUUCCUGCUCCCCAUCCUGGCCGUCACCCUGCUCCUGGCCGGAGCCCGGCAGAUGGUCGUCUACAUGUUCAACAGUUACAUCGACACGUCCCUCCGGAGGGACCUGGACGACAUCGGCGAGGCCUAUCUGAAGCAGAAGGACUCGUGUUUCUGGGUUGCUGAGAGCGAUGGCCGCGUGGUGGGCACGGUGGCGUGUCUCCCUGCUGAGAAAGCACCCGGGUGCCUGGAGCUGAAGCGCAUGUCGGUGCGCCGCAGCCACCGCGGCCUGGGCAUCGCUAAAGCUCUGUGUCGGACGGUGGCAGAGUUCACCCGGGACAGGGGCUACGCUGCCGUCGUCCUCUACACCUCCGUGGUCCAGACUGAUGCUCAGAGACUUUACGAGCACAUGGGCUACCAGAAGAUACGAGAGUUUGUUAUCCCUGAGCUUGUGGCCAAAAUCAUGAACUUCACAUUGUUCGAGUACAGGUUGGAUUUACAGCCAGGUGGAGAAAGAGACUGACACUGAGAAAGAAAAAGAAAAUCCUCAAUAACAGCUCAGUUUUCCAGCAUGCGUUUAACUUGAGGUAAAUGGAACUCAGGACAAAUCAGGGCACAGCUUCGUUUAAUACACACGCAUUUCUGGAGCAGACUUGAUUUAUCUUGUUGUAAACACAUAUCAAUCAUGCUCUUCUGUUUUUGUUGUUUUAAGAUGUUUCUAUGAGUUGUUUAGGCUGCCUUUUCAUUAGUUAUGAGUUUAUUUAAAGAUUAUGUUGAUUGAAUAGCCUGAAAGUAAUUUUCUAAUUUAAUUUUAGUAAAGAAAAAUCAAUUUAAAUGUCUGUGAAAUAAAUCUAAAGAUUAUUAGCUCUAAUAAUUUUAUAGUGUUCAAUAACAUCUCACUCAAUCUUGAUAUAGCCAUAUGCUGAAACAUAUUGGGAGUUGACCACCCUUCCUGUUGUGCUCUCUGAUGGGUUGAAUAAAUGUAAUCGGUUCAUCAGCACAUCAGAAUCACUGGCAGAGCAAUCGCUAGUCUCAUGUUACGACAGAUAUUAAUACUAAAUGCACUCAUUUAGUAGAGUUGUAACCUUGAUUAGCAAAGUGCUUUACAUUGUUUACAUCUAUCUUAUCCACAUUUCAGCACUUUUUAUUGCACAUGUUCUUUUUGUACUUAGUGCUUUGUUUAACACACUGAUGAUCACACCAGGGCCAUUAUGUUUUUAUCAGUUAUUAUCAAUGCAGGGCAGGGCAUUGAGUGAAACACUGAACAUACUACUAAUGAAGUUUUUUUAAUGUGUUAAGUAGGGAAAUAAAAACAUAAUUUAUACUGCGAGCAUUAAGAUUAUGAUGGUACAUCCAUAGUCCCCCAUUUGUUUGGAUCUGAUGAUUACUGAACUGAUGAGUGAGCUAUAAUUCUGAGGGGGGGAAAGAUCCAGCGGUAAAUCACAUCCGUCUUGUAUGUAUCUUUGAGUAAAUGAAGCUGUUAUAAGCAACUUUCAUAUAAAAUCUGUGAUUCAAAUCAGGAUACGAUGGU